AUGGGGCCCGCGAGGAGGAACUUCAUGCAAACUCUCUGGCUGUUCUUGCGUCUGGUUUGCUUUUGCACUGGGAUAAGCUCCAUAGACAUUGACCGCCCGGGCGAUGGGAGAUGCCAGCCCAUAGAAAUCCCCAUGUGCAAGGAUAUAGGCUACAACAUGACUAGGAUGCCUAACCUGAUGGGACAUGAGAACCAAAGGGAAGCGGCCAUUCAGCUGCAUGAGUUUGCCCCCUUGGUGGAGUAUGGCUGUCACAGCCACUUGAAAUUCUUCCUCUGCUCUCUCUAUGCCCCUAUGUGCACAGAGCAGGUCUCCACGCCAAUCCCAGCCUGUAGGGUUAUGUGUGAGCAGGCCAGGCUGAAAUGCUCUCCCAUCAUGGAACAAUUCAAUUUCAAGUGGCCAGACUCCUUAGACUGCAGCAAAUUGCCCAACAAGAAUGACCCCAAUUACCUAUGCAUGGAAGCCCCUAACAACGGAUCAGAUGAGCCACCCAGAGGCUCCAGCAUGUUGCCACCCAUGUUCAGGCCACAGCGGCCAAGCAAUGGUCAUGAUUUGCAGCAGCACAAGGACAGCUUCAGUAGAGCCACCUGUGAAAAUCCCGGCAAGUUCCACCAUGUGGAAAAGAGUGCUUCCUGUGCCCCACUCUGCACACCCGGGGUUGAUGUUUACUGGAGCAAGGAUGACAAACAGUUUGCUGUCAUCUGGAUUGCCGUCUGGUCCAUCCUGUGCUUCUUUUCCAGUGCUUUCACCGUACUCACUUUUCUGAUAGAUCCCCAGCGCUUCAAGUACCCUGAGAGGCCCAUCAUCUUCCUGUCUAUGUGCUAUUGUGUCUAUUCAGUGGGAUACAUUAUUCGCCUCUUUUCAGGUGCUGAGAGCAUAGCCUGUGACAGAGACAGUGGUCAACUUUACGUUAUCCAGGAGGGGCUGGAAAGCACUGGAUGCACCAUUGUGUUCCUGGUCCUAUAUUAUUUUGGUAUGGCAAGCUCAUUGUGGUGGGUAAUUUUGACUUUAACUUGGUUUCUGGCUGCUGGGAAGAAAUGGGGGCACGAAGCAAUUGAAGCAAACAGCAGCUACUUUCAUUUGGCAGCAUGGGCCAUUCCAGCUGUGAAGACCAUAAUGAUCUUAGUUAUGAGACGGGUAGCUGGAGAUGAACUGACAGGAUUGUGCUAUGUUGGCAGCAUGGAUGUGAAUGCCUUGACUGGGUUUGUACUCAUUCCUUUAGCUUGUUAUCUAAUCAUAGGCACUUCUUUUAUUCUGUCUGGUUUUGUGGCCCUCUUCCAUAUCAGGAGGGUGAUGAAAACAGGUGGAGAAAACACAGACAAGUUGGAGAAACUUAUGGUCAGGAUUGGUGUCUUCUCAGUCUUAUAUACAGUGCCUGCUACAUGUGUAAUAGCUUGCUACUUUUAUGAAAGACUUAACAUGGAUUACUGGAAAAUUGUGGCAAUGCAAUAUAAAUGCAAGAUGAACAAUCAGACUAAACAUUUGGACUGCAUGAUGAAUAACUCCAUUCCUGCAGUAGAAAUUUUCAUGGUGAAAAUUUUUAUGUUGUUGGUUGUGGGCAUUACUAGUGGUAUGUGGAUCUGGACUUCCAAGACUCUUCAAUCCUGGCAAAAUGUUUGCAGUCAGAGAUUAAAGAAGAGAAGUAGGAGAAAACCUGCAAGUGUUGUUACAAACAGUGGAAUCUACAAAAAAACUCAACAUCCACAGAAAACUCACCAUGCAAAAUAUGAAUCAGCAUUACAGCCACCCACUUGUGUAUGA